AUGCCUAUUAACACAGUUUACUUCAAAAGUUUUUCUGGCCUAGUAAAAUUAGCCAUAUGCCUUUGUUUGAUUGUAACACUAAUUUGCGGAGCUGUGGGCUGCUACAGUUAUCGGAUAUUCUUCGUGAUUGUUUCUGUCGUCGGAUUCGUUGUUGAAAUCAUCUUUUAUUUGUUCUACCUUCUUAGCUUGACAGACAAGAUUGGUAUAAAUUGGCCUUUUGCUUCCCAUGUCUCCAAUCCUGUUAACACAAAAACCUUUGGUUAUCAUUGUUUCGUGGUUAACUUGCAGUUUUUCUGGAUACUAAUGAUGGUUUUGCUGUGCAUUGACAUCUUCUACGCCUAUCGAUCUUGGGGUGGUGGAGCUGUGAGGACGACAAACACAACUGGCCCAUCGUUUGUUACAAAUCAGCAACCAGCUGCUCAACCGCCCUACCCACAGGAUCAGCACCAAGGCGGUUUCGAGUACCAGCCGUAA